CACAGCAAAAUUUUCACCAAGUUCAGAAUGCAGUUCUCGUACUUCUUCUAUCUCGCGGCCUCUGUCUUCACUGCCACCGUUCUGGCAUCACCAGCGGCUGCGCCCAACGCGAUGCCUGCCGACAGCAUCAUCAAAGAGCGCCAAGGAGACGGUACUCAGCCUUGCGAUUGUGUAUGGUUCAAUGGCCAGUGGAUCGAUACAUGCACUGGUGGCGGGUGCUAGCCAUGUGUGGCAGCUUAUACCACAGACAUAUGUUCAAUGAUCAAGUUAGGAGCAAAGAAUACCGGUUCGGCUCUUGAAUUGCAGGCUAGUUGUAUAUAUCUCUAUUUGGUCAUGGCAAAUUCUAUUAUUUAG